AUGAAAAUUUUAUCCAUAGAUUUAGGAAGUUACAAAACAGUGGUUGCUUCCUCAGACACGUCCGCAGGAGAAAUAAUUCUGACAAAAACCGGCAGCAGAAGCACAAAAAUGGCCAUUGACUACAGAAACAAAAUCCGAGAGUUUGGAAACGUCAAUGUAACGUGCAAAGAAAGAGAGAAGGUCGCAGAAGACAUAAGAAAAGAAAUAGAAGAGCUCGCAGAGCAGAUGAAAAACAGAGGAGCAGAGAGAGUAAAGAUCAUGCCCACAUCGCAUGUCUACGGGCUGCUGAACAAUCUGAUAAACAACUACACACAGGCGAAGGGCAUAUCUUCAAACGAGCUGGAGAUAGAGAUAGUGGUUCCCUCAACAUACACACAGCUCCACAAAAACAUUCUUAUCAAAAUACUUAACCUCAUCAACCCCAAGGUGCAGGUGGAGUGCAUCACCGACUCCAUGGCGCUGUCCUCGUACUAUCUCAGCAGAAGAACACCCUCAAGCUACAGAAUGGUCGCAUUUGUUGACAUAGGAGACGCAAAGACCACGGCUACUCUCGCUGUGAUCAAAGACACAAACAUAAACGUUAUAAACAGAGUAACAGUGGAAGCUGGAGGAAGAAACAUCACAAACCAUCUCCUUGAAAAAAUAUACAGCGGGCUGGACAAGAGCAUCCCCGAUCUCUUCAGCAAAAAAGAGUUCAGAGUGCGAAACAUAAAGAAAAUAGAAUGGAUCAAAGGGGCUAUAUUCGGUCUUCCAUCUGUCAGCACACAGGUCGAUGCUUCGUACGACAAGUCUGUGGGUGUCUGCAUCACCAAGGCCGAUAUAGAGGAAGUGCUAGACGAAUUCUCCGAGCUAAAGAAGAGCUUAAGCUUGAUACACAAAGAGAUGAACGAUGAGUCUGUUUUGGAAAGAUACAACCUCAACUCUGAAGAAGACAUAGAGCAAGAGCUGCAAAUAACCGGAGGAUCCUCGAGAAUGUUCAUCUUUGAAGAUCUUGUGCACAGCAUAUUCCAGCUGAAGCCAGAGGUACACCUGAAUGCAGACGAGUCUAUUGCGCUGGGCGGUGUGUACAGAAGGCUUAUGGAGAGUCCUUUCCACAGAUUCAGAUACGAUCCUCUGAUCAAAGACGUUCUUGACCAUCCAUACGUCAUUCUGAUUUCAGAAGAGAACGCAGAGACAAGAGCCAUAAGAGUGUUUGAAAAAGACACAAUCUUUGUGAAAGAAAUGAAGUCAAAGAUCCUUGGGAAAAAAUACGACACUUCGAUAGUUUUAGAACAGAACCCAAGAAAAACAGUUAAACUAUCCAAGAUAACAGAGAGAAGCACAAUUACAGUGUGGUCAGGAGACUGUCCAGUAUACAUGCUGAAGCUAAAACCCACAGAGACUCCUGCCGCCGAAGAAGGAGCACCCAAUCAGAAACAAAACACUCCAGAGCAGACACCCAGUGAUGGAAAAAAAACCGUUAAGCUAGUUAUGUCUCUAAACGGCACAGGAAAUGUUGAAAUAACAUCAGAAGAUGUAGAGAUGGUUGACGCACUGGAUAUGCUGAACCUUGCAACACUGAAGAGAACAGAAGACGCAUAUUUAAAUAGAGAAAAAACCGUUUUAGAAAUAGAAGGAAAGAUAAACAGCAUACAGGCAUCGAUGUUUGAAUCGAUCGAGCUCCUUGGCGGCGAGCUAUCAACUCUUCCCUCAGCAGAAGCGGUGAUGGCAGAUCUCUGGGAGCGCUCUCAGACAGUAGAGUCUCUUGCAGCCUCAGCAAAAAGCAUGCAGGAAGUUCUGGCCUUCGAAGAAAGCGUUGAGAAAAAGCUGUCCCUUGAAAAAGAGUGGAACACACUGGCCACAGAGGUAGCUUCAAAGGUCUCCGAAGCACACUCUCUGGAGCUGUCUCCUCCAAAGUACCCCGGUGUGCUGUCUCUGUACAGCAUUUCUCUGCACAUGGAGAAUGAAGCGCAGAAAGAGCUUGAGAGAAGAGAACGAAUCAGAAAGUAUGAAGAAGAGCAGAGGCAGCUUGCAGAGCAGAGAAAGCUCGAAGAGCAGAGAAGAGAAGAGGAGCAAAAGAGGGCUGAAGAGGAGCAGCAGAACCAGGACAACCAGGAGGGCAUAAAAGAAACAUCAGAAUAG